AAUAAACCAAUGUGUGCGUAAAUCUUAUAUACAUGCAGAUGAUGUCCCUGCUGUCAGUUGCAGCCGUCUUCCUCAAUACUUAUUAUUUAUCAUAAAUCACGGAUGAAGAGACGACGACAGUAACCAAAGACAUGGCGACGGCAAUGCAAAACGAGAAGGCUACGGAUCGACAAGGAACCAGGUUGAUGGAAACUUGUAUGACAUCCGGUGCUGGUGUGCUGUACGCUCUACUGCAGGCCAUGCUCUCCGCCUCCGCGGCACAGUUUCUGGUCUUGAGUCGCCAAGCAGGCGUGCCUUCACUGCAGCUGAUCUUCCUCAUCAAACUUGCGCAACUCCUUGUUGUCCUCGUCGCCCUGCCCCUCUUGAGACCAAAACUGACCACUGAAGACUGGAGACAAACUCUACUGUUGUCGCUGUCCGCAAUCACAGACAAUCUAGUUUCCGUCUUGAAGUUCUUGUCCUUCGUCUUCGCUGUUCCUGGGAUCGCCUUCGGUAUCAUGAAUGGAUCGACACCCUUCGUUACUGCCUGUAUAGGAUUUGUUUUUCUCGAGGAAAUUCUGGACAUGGUGGACUGUUUCGGAAUCGUUCUUAGUUCAGCUGGGGUGAUAGUUGUCGCGACUGGAAUGAUUAUGGAGAACACUUCCCCGGUGCUGCAUUUGGCGGCAUCCAUUCUCCUGCCGCUGGCAACAGCUUUCAGCAAGGGUCCACACACGGUUAUGGCGCGGUCUCUCAUCGGUGUACAGGGGGUCUCCGUUCUAACCGUGACUCUCUACUCCAACCUGUUAGGAGCAGUGGUGCUGCUUGGGCUUACGUACCUGUUCGAGACACCACUUUUGGGCGAUGUCUCAACAGACGAUGGGAAGCUGUACCUACUUCGUCGCCUGAAACGGUUUGAUGUGUCUGUCCCAGACCUCAAGGCAGUGUACACCUUGUACGUGAGACCCGCGCUCGAGUACGCCGCACCGUGGCGUGGCACUCAUCCCUGA